ACAAACGUUGGCAAUGUCUUCUAAUAAAGCGAACCCUCGCCGGCGGUACAUCACAGUCAGUGAGAUGCCCACCAUUGGGAAUAUAAUCUACGAGUGUUUAGAACACCAUGUUGAAAAUCGCGGUUAUAAAGUGCUGAAUAUCCCACCUCAGUGCCGAACACGUCUUGAUCCGAUCCCAGCAGUUCGAGAACUGUAUGCAAAGAAAUCCAUUUUACUUGAACGGGCGCCCGGCUGCUACUUUUCUCACGUGCAGAAAGAAAAGGUCCUUACUUACCAGCAGUAUCGAGCUAGCAGUCGCGGAGAAAGCUCACUUGACGCCAGCUUUGGGGAGCUCGCCAAUCGCCGGAAAUGGUAUGUGGCCGAUAUUCACAUACCGGAAUUGGACGGCCUCCAGACAAUGGAAUUCUUCAAUUUCAAUACGUUUUCGGAUAUUUUUCGCCAAUCUGGAGCGAACAUCCCGGGAUUCAACACCUCCACCGGCUUUAUCGGCGCACCUUACACUUAUUUUGGUUAUCACGUCGAGGUGGCUAAUUGCGCCUUCAUGAAUAUGCAUCAUGGAGGUAAGCCAAAGCGGUGGAACAUUAGCCCUCCCAGAUGUAAAUGGGCCUUCGAUAACUUCCUGUACAAGACUUUUCCUGAAGAGUUUGAAGCGUGUGGAGGAGCUGUGGGCCACCUCAACUUUGUGGUAGAGCCCGACACUCUCCGUGACGAAGAUAUCUUGGUCGAUGAGUUUGAUCAAGAAGAAGGGGAUUUGAUAAUCAGUGCCUACGGUGCGUACCACGCUGGGAUUAAUUCAGGGUUUUGUAUAAAUACGGCGACAGCCAUCACAACUCCCGCCUGGAUCCCAGCAUUUGCUGAAUCCGUCAACUGCCACUGUGACCCGCAGGCUGAUAUCGCCCCUGAACUGGAAAAGAUUCGUACGUACCUCACGAACCGGAAUAAUUUCGAUGUGGAUGUCAAUUAUGCUUACCUGCAGCGAAGAGGAGAGUGGCAUUUAGAGCAGUUUUUACCGGCGUCCCGUCGGCGUCAAGACGCCUCCUUAAUGGUGGGAGCGGUGACACAGCCAACCGCCCCAGUCGACAUCAUGGACCAGUGGAUCCACCAGAACAUCGUUUACGACCCGGCGUAUAAAAAAUGGAUCCGCCCAUGUCAAGCUGCGCGCCGGUUCCGCCAGUACAUGCAGAGCAAUGGUAUGCCGUACAAUAUGGAAGAAGUUGCUCUGGCAACAAGCCUUGGGAAGCGAAUGCCCCUUGUUCAUGAUGGAUUUACGGCUGGCGCUCGUAAGGGAGAGCAUCGAGAGUCUCUCUGGACUUGGCCGCACUGUUAUUUCAUCGAUGCGGAUUGACCGACAGCUUGCGGUAUCUUUUCCAUUAAGGUUUUGCGUAUUUCUUUACAUCGCUAAUGUUUGCAAAAGGAUAAAUUUCGUCGUAUUUCUUUAGAUUUUCGAGGUGGUUUGCAAUACCUUUUUUCGUUUGAGUAGUUUACAAACACCUUUCGUGCUUAUUGUUAUACCACUUAUACCAUCCGUUUGCUCGGUUUGGAGUUUUCUCCUUAUAUUUGUGGUGUGCGAAGGUUUUUAAAUCAAACCGAUAGGUGGAGUGCAACUAUGGUA